GAAGGAGGGACUGGCCUAGAGGAAGAAGUGGCCAGCUUCCAGCAUUUAACUGGAGCCCCCAGGUCACCUCUCAGUCUCAGGUUCUCAGCAUCUGUUGGGGCACUAGAGGUCACAUUAGCACACCUGCAGCAACGAGCCCUGGGAGCCAUCCUGGGGCAGGUCUUGGAGGGCCAGAGCCUGGUGAUAGGGCACUCAGUGGUCUCAUUUUCAGCUCUGAAGGAGUGGUGGUUUUUGUCUCCUCUAAACAGGAAGUUGUGGUCAGGGGAAGUUCUGACUUCCUGCUGUUGUGGCCAGGCCAGUGUGUGGGCGGAGGCUUCCGGACAUGCCUGGAGGGGGCUGCAGGGAGGGAAAGGCACGAGAGCAGACAGAAAUGGAGAGCUGGAUUUCUCCACUUUCCUGACUAUUAUGCACACGCAAAUAAAACAAGAGGAUCCAAAGAAAGAAAUUCUUCUGGCCAUGUUGAUGGCAGACAAGGAGAAAAAAGGGUACAUCAUGGCAUCCGAGCUGCGAGCGAAACUCACGAGACUCGGAGAGAAGCUCACCCAGAAGGAAGUGGAGGAUCUUUUCAAGGAAGCAAAUAUUGAACCAAAUGGCAAAGUGAAGUAUGACGAGUUUAUCCAGAAGAUCACCCUUCCUGUGCAGGACUACUGAAUGAGCAGAGUACAAGAGAGCAUCCCUGGGUCUGAAAACCUGGACUGGUUGAUUUUUUAAAAGGAAAAUGUUCCUUUAAUUCUAGGGUGAUGGCAAACACCGUGCAAAGACAACAUUAGCAGGGCAUAAGCAGCAAUAAGUAAUUCCAGCCAUGGUAUCAGCAUGUCUUUAAUAAAAAGAUUUGUAUUACCAGG